UGCUGUCUGGGCAGCAGCAGGGGUCUAGUGUGGGAGGAGGGAGGAAAAACCAAAGAAAGGACAGAAUGAGACCGGAGGGGCUGAGGGGGUGAAAGGACCCAUCUAAAAAAGAGAGGGGACAGAGAGAGGGGAGAUAGAGGGAGGAACAGCUCCAGAGAGCCGAAACAAGCAGAGAGAAAAAGGGGAGGGAGCAAGAGAGGGUUACCUCAUCCAGAGCUGCUAGUGUGCUCACGGUGCAGGGGAGAAGUUGUGGGAAAGUAAACAGCAGAGGAGAAUUCCAAUCUGCCUUCAACCACUUGCAGCCCUCGCAGGGGACCAUAAAGAUGAGUGUGCCGGAUCCGGCAGUGUGGUAAAAACUGAGAUUUUAUGGGAGGUAACCAGGAUUAAAGGGUCACAAGGGAGUGCCUGAAGCUUCUUGGAGGACACACUACUGAGGACGAGGAGGGAUUAUGUCUACUGUGAUGUCUCAGCAGCCUCCAAAGGAGGAUGGAGAGGAGGAAGAUGAGGAGCAAGGGGAGGAGUUUACAUUUGAGGACAGUACAGAUGAGGAGAAACUUCAGGAGGACAGUAAAGGGAUCAGCUCUGACUCACAAUUGUCAAAGAUGGAGGUCAAAAACACAGACAGCACACAAGGCCUCCAAACUUCGCCUCCUGCUGGACAGGAGGGCAUUCCCACCAAGGAUGUGGCUUCAGUUUCCACUGCAGAUGUUCCAGUUAAUGAGUCACCUAGCUGGGGCGCAGCAGCAGCACCGGCAGCAGCCGAUCCCAGUACCUCAGCUACUUCUGGGGGAGAGGAGCUCCGGGGGCGUCCUGUGGUGCUGUCAGAUGCAGAGACGCCGACUUAUUCAGGAGACCACGGAAAAGAAAUCGUCAAGGAAAGCUCCAGCUCUGGGGACAUCUCAGAAGCUCUGUGUGUGGCUGAAGCUGAGCCACAGACGGUGGAGGCAUCAGAGGUGAUCUAUGAUGAUGUUCCAAGCGAGGACCCCCUCUCUCCUGAUGAAGAUAUGAUAUAUGAAGACGUUCAGAGAGACAGCGGUCCUCCUGGUGCAGACAACGGAUGGAGCUCCAGUGAGUUUGAAAGCUAUGAGGAGCAGUCUGAUAACGAGGCCAAACAACCAACACGGAGCAAGCUCUCUCCUGAAGUGCGUCGACUGAGGGAACGGUGUGCCAAGACCAAACGUGAACUGGCCAUGAGGCUGUCUGGCAAGCACAACUAUGACAUCAAGGUUCAGCAGCUCAUGAAGGCGGCGAGAAGCGGGACAAAAGAUGGGCUUGAAAAAACCAAAAUAGCCGUGAUGCGAAAAGUUUCCUUCUUGCAGAGAAAGGAUCAAUUGGAAGAGGAGGAUGAUGCAGGAUACCUGGAUGUGGCUGUGUCAGAAGAGAAGCAUCCUCCUCCACAGUUGAGCCCCAUGCCAGAGGGGCUGACCAGCCACCAGGUUGUCAGACGCCAUAUCCUCGGCUCCAUCAUUCAGAGCGAGCGGAGCUACCUGGAGUCUCUCAGGAGAAUCUUGCAGGAAUACCACAGACCAUUGAUGGAAGCUGAUCCACGCAUCUUGAGUCCAAGGAAGAUCCGGCCUAUAUUUUAUCGAAUCAGAGAGAUCACACAGUGCCACUCCAUGUUUCAGAUAGCACUGGCGUCACGUGUGGCCGAAUGGGACAGCAGUGAGAAAAUUGGAGACUUAUUUGUUGCCUCGUUUUCCAAGUCCAUGGUGCUGGAUGUGUACAGUGAUUACGUGAACAACUUCACCAACGCCAUGGCGCUCAUUAAAAAGGCAUGCAUGUCCAAACCAACUUUCCUGGAAUUCUUAAAGAAGAAGCAGGCAUCCAGUGUUGAUCGGAUCACUCUGUAUGGCCUGAUGGUUAAGCCAAUUCAACGAUUUCCUCAGUUCAUAUUGCUCCUGCAGGACAUGCUUAAGAAUACACCGAAGGGCCAUGUGGAUCGUCUGCCCCUGCAGCUCGCUCUGACAGAGCUGGAGAUGCUGGCUGAGAAGCUGAAUGAACAGAAACGAGUAGCUGACCAGAUUGCAGAGACUCAACAACUAGCCCGCAGCGUCAGUGAUCGCCUGCUCAGUAAGCAACUGAACUCGGAGCAGGGGUCACUGGUCCUUUGUGAGACGCUUAUUGAGACCGUGUACGGUGAGCGGGGACAAGUCCUGAAGUCAAAAGAGAGAAAGGUCUUCCUCUUUGAUGAUGUACUCAUCUGCGCCAACAUAAAUGUCAAGGGGCCUCCGGAUAUCAGCAGCCUAGUCCCAGUCGGCCCCAAGUACACCAUGAAGUGGAGCGCCCCCUUGCAACAGGUGCAAGUAGUCGAGGUGGGGCAGGAGGGCUCUCAAAACAAAGACACCUUCUUUCAACAGAGCGGGGUCAAGCGGCCAAGCAGUGUCUGCACAUCAGGUAAAGCGAUCCUGGGCCCUCCACGGCUUUACCAGGAGCUGCAGGAACUGCAACAUGACCUGUCUGUAGUGGAGGAGGUUACUCUCCUUGUGGGCACGCUGCAGGGGAUGUAUCAAAACCUGAACACCACUGUGGCCCAGGACUGGUGUCUGGCUCUGCAGCGGCUUAUUCGCAUCAAAGAAGAACAGAUCCAGAGUGCUAACAAAUGUCGCUUACGCCUGCAGGUGCCUGGCAGGCCAGACAAGUCAGGGCGUCCUGUAAGUUUCAUGGUGGUCCUGAACACUCCCAGCCCCCUGAGUAAGAUCUCCUGGGUCAACCGUCUGCACUUGGCCAAGAUCGCACUACGAGAGGAGAAUUCACCUGGCUGGCUAUGUGGAGAGGAUGAAGGGAAGACGAUGGCUCAGUUUUGGUGUCCUCUGCUUGCCUGUCACAUGUCUGUCUUUGCCACAAAGUCAUCGGAGAGAAAGGUUGAAGCUGCCCUCCACAAUCCUGUUCACUGUGCAUUGUUGGGCUUCUCUGCAGCGAGCACCUCCUUACCGCAAGGCUACCUCUGGGUGGCUGGUGGAGGAGAAUCUUCCCAGGGGCAUAUAGAGAUAUUUUCCCUCAACAGGCCCAUGCCAAGGGCUGUGAAGAGCCUGCAGGUCGGCUCUGGUGUCCGAUGUUUGGAGUAUGUGCCAGAACCUUCUCCGAAUGAGGAGGUGGAGGCCGGAGUUCACAAGGCCCCCUCAGGGAUCGGUGCCAACAUUUGUGUUGGAUCAGAUGAUGGGCGAAUACUGGUCUACGGCAGUGUGGACACUGCAGCACAAUGCCUAUUGACCCUCCAUAACCCAGAGGGCUGCCCUGUGCUGUGCCUGAAGCACUCCUCUCGCUUCCUGUUUGCAGGCCUGCGGAACGGGACGGUGAUGGUUUAUGGAAGAACUAACAGUGAUGACCUUUGGGAUCCUGACUCCUGCAGAUGUGUAAGCCUGGGCUCAGAACCAGUGCGAACACUGUUGGUGUUGGAUGACUCUGUGUGGGCAAGCUGCGGGAACUCUGUCACAGUCAUCGACAUCUCCAGCCUCACCACUCAGAAGUUUGAAGUCCAUCCAGACCCAAUGGUCAACGUCGCACACAUGGCGUGUGCCGGUGGAGGAGUGUGGAUGGCGUUCUCUGAGGGUUCCUCCAUUCGUCUCUUUCAUACUGAAACAUUGGAGCUUCUGCAGGAAAUCAACAUCUCAACACGAUCAACACUGCUGAACACCGGUCAGAAGAGCAUGCGAGUCACGAGUCUCCUUAUUUGCCAGGGGCUGUUAUGGGUGGGCACUGCCCAAGGCUUAAUUAUCACUCUUCCAGUUCCCAAACUGGAGGGCAUCCCCAAAAUAACAGGAAAGGGAAUGAUCUCUCUAAAUGCUCAUUGUGGCCCUGUGGACUUCCUAGUAGCCACCACCAGCAGUCUGUCUCCUGAGCUGUUAAAGAGGGAUUCUGUUGGGGAUGGCCCAGAUUCUGCCUGUGGCGGUGAGGAUCGCAGCGACACCUCCUCUCAGGAAUCCCUGCAACAGUCCAGCGCCUACCAGGGUGAAGCGAGAGGCAAAGGUCGCGGCGUCCUGCUGCAAUACAAGCUGCGCUCCACGUCAGGACUACCCGGACGGCCAUUAACGGCGCUGGGCGAUGAGGCGUCAGACUCCUCCCUGGAGUCUUUGGAGCACAGCGUGGAAGAUGGAUCUAUCUAUGAGCUCAGUGAUGACCCAGAAAUGUGGGUUCGGGGACGUCCUUGUGAGAGGGAUGGCGGACGCAGGGACAGGGUGAUCUCUGCAGCGGUUAUCUCUGGAGGCAAGGGCUUCCGUAGACUGAAGGAGGGAGUAGCAGUAGGUACUAGGACAAGUGGGGAGGGUUUAGAGAAUAUUCUUAUGGUAUGGCAGCUCCCAUUGACAGUGUGAUAUGAAAAAUAUAUGGCAAAGCGAAGUGUAUUUAUAGAUGUCUACCCAGCUUAGCCCUAAAUCACUUGUUCCAUAAAUUCAAGGAAUUUGAAUAUAUGAUGAGAAGGUGUUGCCACUUUUACAGAGCUUGACAUCUUCUGAUUUAGCCUGAGGAAUAAGGAGACGACACGCUGUGUAUCAGAGGCACUGUCAUCCCAUAGGAACGCUUUGAAUGUUCAGGAUUGUGCGUCAUCGUCCUCCCAGCUGCGGCAGAGGCCGUCACAGAUUAGUUGCGUGUGAUUGUUUUGAUCUGGUUCCUCUUCCUGCCUUCAUCAAGACUGCUAUGCCUGAAUUUAACCUCAUCAUUGCUGUGUGUGCUCUGCAAUACCUAUUUCAUGUGAGGGACUUCUGUGUGAGCACCCACGGACAGCACACCUAUGAGAGCCAGCCUUUGUUGAAUCUGCCGUGCUCUGUGGAGUUAUAGAUGGACAUCUUUAAUCUAAUCCUGUGGGAGAGAUCCCGUCUGUUUAGAGCUGAAAAGCUGGGGACACCGCAUCACAAAGCACAUUAGCAUCACUUUAUUAGAUUUGCCAGCCUUUCUGUCAUCCCAUACAAUGUGAAUGUAUGAUACCUUCUAUUGUGUCUCAAAAUUGAAUCUGUGCUUGCUUAAAAAAAAGAAAUAAUUUCAGUUUUCCUGUUUUGUGGGAGCUGUUGCAAAAAGAAUUUGUGGUUCCAAAAAAUGAUUGUGUUGUGUUAGUACAGCCAGGCUGCAAAACUGAUUUGGAAAACAAAAGUUGUGAGAGUCGAAAGACGCUCUUGCGCCACUUUCCACAAUCCGUAUUUGCACUGUAGAAAUCCUGUAAUUAUCACAGAUUUAUCUGAGGAAAGGAAACGUCGUCGUGCCACAUUUGAGAGUAUUAUCUUGCCCAAGCACUGUAAAUGCCAGAUAUCUGUUUCAUUAUUCACUGUCAUCUAUCAGCAAGAUGAAACAAAUGUGCACACAGAGUUGUUAAUAAAUAACUCACAUUAGCUGUAAACCCCAGUUACACAUCAGAAGCAAAACUCUAUAAACGAGUGAUGAAAUAAAAGUGCUGCAGCCAUCCAGACAGCUGUCGGCAAUGUACCAACUGAACCUACCUAACAGAAUUUUCAAUAAUAUACUAUAUGUCUUUGAUUAAGGAUGAUGUUUUACAAUAACAGCAUAAGCCUGUAUUACAAUGAACAGGCACUGAUGUACUGUAUAUUAUCUGUCAUAUUAGCCAUAUAAACCAUGUCCCAUCAGCUCUUGUUUUCUUUCCAUUUUCAUGCUAAUAUUUGGUAAAUAUUUUGAGUUUAAUGCAAAUAUUAAUAUUUGAUGAUGGGGAUAUGAAGAUAAACAACAUACCUGUUGAGUUGAGAGCUCACAUCUCCAUUUGUGUUGGUUACUGUAUGUCUUCAGAUCAGCUGAAAGAUUGCAUGAUUUGUAACCUGAUAAGCCCUUUUAACCAGAACGAAUGAUUUAAAAAUGUAUUACAAUACAUUACAUCUAUUUUUUUAACUUGUAAAACUAAAAUUUGGGAAAUACACCAUUAUCCAAGGAGUAUGUUGUGUGUUGCAGUGUGUUGAUGAAAAGUUUUUGCUUUAUAACUUCUGAGUUAUUGGCAGACUGUUGACGUUGGCAGCUAUCUUGCAGACAAAACCAAGAAGUACAUAUUUAAUAAUACUCAGUUUACAGUUUGUUGAUACAGUUCAUGGAGGCCACACACGUUAAAUAUGUGAACUUUCAAUAAACUUUUAACUUCUUAAACUGAGUUUAAGAACGGUAUAUCAUAUUUGUCCCUCGCCAAUUUGUAUUUAGUCGUUCAACCAAACAUGGGAUCUCGUUUUAUUCCUCCAUCACAGAUAAAGUAUACAGUCUGUGUAUUUCCACAAUGAUGUUUUUCUUCCUACUUACAAGUGAAAUUCAAAAGCAUUUAAACAUCUUGUUUUCAGCCAGAAUAAACUGUCCUCAGAUGCUGUCAUCAAAAUGUAAAUUUCAGUCUCACGUCAGAAAUAUAUCACUAAUAACAGAGAUCUGUUCUCAGAGAAUUGUGACCUUUGAUGACCAUAUUGACUCACAUACAUUGCAUUUGCUUACACUUCAUGUGUACAGGUAUUAUCCAUGCACUGAAUAUUAAUACUCUUGAAUGAAACGUACUGUACUACUAAUUAGAACUGUUACUGUACUAAUUAAACCUAUAUUCCCUUUUGUAAAGAGGACUCUGCAACAGUGUUGAUGUUUAAGAUGGGACUGUGUGAGGGCACAGUUUAUGCAAUUUAUUUUCCUGUGGUGUUAAAGGAUAAGUCCAGUUUAUUACAGAUUGUAUAUUAUUUUUACUACUGAACAAAUUAAAAGCUGAGAUCUGGCAACGUGGCAACAUUGCUAAAAAGAAGAGAUAAAAAGCACAGUGACAUUAUCACACAGGUUAUAAACAAAACCUGUAUUUGAAAAGAAAAAAAAAACAACAACAGGAAAACCUUAAAUGUAUUGCCCAAAUCAUCCUCAAAACAUCUGUCUCAGUUUACAACUUUAACCUAUCAUGCUUCCUGUUGUCGUGCUCACACACUUUUCUUGUGCAAUGAAGCAUUAUUGCUGACACAAUGGCUGCAUUCACCUUUAGUUUUACCACCCACAACUGUUGUUUACAGCCUGUGUGUUCAACUGACUGCUCGUUUCUUGACCCAACAGGCUUUGUUGCAACGACUUUGCUACGUUCUCAAUUAUCAGCAAUUACAAACUUACAGCAAACUGAUUGAAAUGAUGGCCAAACAACUAAUGAACUGGUAUUAUUCUUUAAGCAAAAGUAUUACACACAUGGAAACAGAUUUCUCUUUGGCACAAUACUUUAAUGUUAUAUGUCUAAACAUUGUCUAACAAGUGUAUGCUGAAUUAAAAACAUCUUAAAACACAA